AGCUGAUGGCAGUUGAAUUUUUCUUGUUUAAUCUAUUUGUUGCUAGUUGCUCGUGAAAACCCGUUUAAAACAGUCCAAAAUGGUGCAGGUUUGGUAUAUGGAUACGGAGGAAACCGAUCAGCGCCUGGAGCACCACCGCAAUCCGCCUGCCUACUUGGAACUGGAGGAUCUGUACCAGAAGACCGGCGUGGAAUACUUUAAGAUCAAUGCGGACGAGUACCAGAGCGAUAAUACCCUCACGGAAUUGAGGGCACAACGUGGCUACACCUACGAUGAUGAGAUCACCUGCUCGGAGAAGUGCCUUCCAGACUACGCCAACAAGUUGAAAGCCUUUUUCACCGAACACCUGCACACGGAUGAGGAAAUUCGCCUGAUAUUGGAUGGAUCUGGUUACUUUGAUGUUCGCGACAAUGAGGACAACUGGUUGCGUAUUAAGGUUGUGAAGGGAGAUCUGAUCAUUAUACCCGCUGGCAUCUAUCACCGCUUUACUUUGGAUAUCAAUAACUUUAUCAGAACUCGUCGCUAUUUUGUGGGCGAGCCUGUCUGGGCUCCACACAAUCGUCCUGCUGAUGAUAUGGACUGUCGCAAAUCGUACAUCAAGCAUCAGUCGGAAAACUUUGUGCAAUUCAAUAAGGUUUAAAAACCUUAAAUCUUGUUUUUUACCAUCAAGUUUGAUAUUUUGAAAUAAAAAAUCGCUAAGCGUAAUCAAUA